GCAGGCCGUGAUGUCCAGCAAGAGCUCGAUGCCGUUCAAGUUGAGCUGGAGGACGUGAUUAGUCAACUGUCGCUAUCACAACCUUUAUUGGCAUUUCUCGACAACAUGAUGCGCAUGGGGGAUCUUUACGCAGGCGACGACAUAAUGUUCGCAACAGAGUAUCGAAAGCAUCUGCUUGCUCCUCAUGAAUACUCGCCGGCUAAUGCCAACCUUGCAUUUAUGCGCAGCAUGGAAGAGAAGCAGAUCGCCAAGGCCUUGAACAGGGCUGUGAAGACGGGCGGGGUUCAAGAGAAAAUGCGUGAUUCCGUCUCACUCGUUGAUCUGGUUCCUGCUCUCUCUGAGGCCUGGGAGACGAGCGAUCCCAUCAGUGCCGGUCGAAUCGCAAUGGUUGAGUCUCGACCACAAGGCAAACUCACUUCACAACCCACCAAGAAGGAGCAGAUGCGCGGGUCUUCGAGAUCUGGUAGUUUAGAUUGUGAAUUUGCGUCUGUAUGGCAGAACGAACAGCUCGAGACACCGGCGUACCGUAGCAAGCGUCGCCAACUGCAAGACGAAUUGGCCAAUCUGGAUAUCAUCUGGCAGCCAAGUCUGAUAGCACGAGAUCACUUGGUUGCCGAAUUGGUGACCGAGCCUCCGGAGAACAUCGAGUCCCCUUCCUUGUCGGGAGGGCGGGGGGGCCGAUUUCAAGUGAGGCUUCAUUUGUCCGUCUGUCAGCCUUUCACACCCUCCUUCAUAUUCUCUUUUCCAGGCCUCUUUUGA